AUGGAGGCGGAUUUGAACAAGACCAACACUAACACCCACCAGUGCACCGGCACCGCAUCCUUCCACCCCUGGUUCUCUACCACUUCCCUCCGCCGCGCCAAAGCAAAACACGCCAUCAUCAUCUCCGUAAACUACCCCCUCGGCCCCAAAGGAACUUACACAGACAUUUACAUCGCCCUCCAAGAUUUUCUGCUCUGGUACAAACACGACGGUUCUUUCGACGCCCGCUACGAAUCCUGGCCAGCUUGGCUCCUCGCCCAACACCCCCAGCAAACCUACACCAUCGACAAAUCCAGCGUCUACGUCGAAGCUAAAAGCGCAGGUACCUACGCCGCUGUGACAACCCUCUCGCUCAACGCGAAGAGAGACGUUGGAACGGCCAUACCUAUUAACGCAGCUCUGUUCCGCUCUCCCAUGCUGGCGCACUAUAAACGCGAUAUCCUUCAGCCAGACGCGGUGUCAACGUACAUGGGCCACGACAUGCCCUCUCACACAUCACUGCACACGUCGAAAAGAUAA